UGGUCGAUCAUCAGCAGUGGACGACUUCUUGUGUGCCUCACUCCUUCACUCGGUUCCUCUUUAAGGAGCUUUUUAAAAUGUUUCCCUCCUCAUACAGCCUCACAGAAAUUCAACACCGAAUAGAUGAAGUCAAAACGUUCCUGUCUGUGACUCUGAGCAUCGCUAACGCUCACACUGUGGAGUUUUACACUCAGGACGUGUGGCAGCGGUUCAUGGCGGUGUCUCCUGAGGAGGUGCUGGUGGCCGUUAGCUCGUGUAGUGACCAGCAGGGGGCGCCAGAACACAGAGGAACAGAGCAAUCCAGGACCACAUUUGGGUUUUGCAAUGACACAAACCAGCUGGUUGAUAUCGGUGAGCUGCUGCAGGCAGCCCAGGCCCACUCCCUCCCUGGCCUUGGCAUCUGCAUGAGCAGGGAUGAGCUACUGCAGGCCCUCAGAGAGAACAGGUCCAAGUCUGGCGCUCCACCUGCAGAGAUAGGUGCUGAGCUGCAGACGGAUGAGUUUAUGAACUCGAAGAAAUCUCACGAGGUCUUGUCCAUGUCUGAGGUGGUGGCUUGUCUGGCCCAGCGCUGUGGAGUCAAACAGGUGAUAGAUGUCGGCUCUGGGAAGGGCUACCUGAGCUCCUUCCUGUCUCUGCAGUACGGCCUCCAGGUCUACGGCAUCGACUCCUCCAGCACCAACACCCACGGAGCCCAUGAGAGGAACAGGAAGCUGAAGAAGUUCUCCAGGGCAUACCAGAAACGCAGCAAGGCGGCGAGGGCACAGGGCGAGGCCACACAUUCACCUCAGGAGGAGUCAGGAGAAGUAAAGCCUGGACCAGAUGGAGGUGAUGAUGUGUUAUUUAGUGAUGGGGCAGGAACUGUGUCACAGGAGGAGGAGGAAGUGUUAAUCGACUCGUCAGAUGUCAACGCCGCAGUGGAAAGGCCUUCAGAGCCAGAGGAGCUCUUCCUUAACGCCCUGUCAGUGGAUGUGCUUCAGCCUACAUCCCCCAGAGUUCCCGCCAGCCAGCUGAGCGCCAAGGAGAGGGAGAGGAGGAAGAGGGAGAACCUGGAGAGGAAAGCUCAGAACAGAACCGCCAGCGCCAGCGUCGUGUUUUCACCCCUCACCUCAUAUGUUACUGCGGAAACAGAGCUCCGAGAGCUCAUCGGCGAGCUGGAGGAUGCGGUCAUGGUCGGCCUGCACACGUGUGGUGACUUGGCUCCCAGCACCCUGAGGAUGUUUGUGGCUAAAGCGGAGUUGGCCGCAGUCUGCAGCGUGGGUUGCUGCUAUCACCUGCUGUCUGAGGAGUUUGACCCUGCCGGACAGGAGUGUUCGCGCGGCGUGUGUGGGUUCCCUCUGAGUCAGUACCUCCGCGACCAGUCCUGGUUCUGCGGCAGGAACGCCAGGAUGUCGGCAUGUUUGGCACUCGAGAGAGUUUCACUCGGCCAAGGGAUUCAGAUGGAGUCUCUGUUUUACCGGGCGGUUCUGCAUGUUAUUCUGAGGGAUCACUACAGCUCCUUUAAAAGUGAAAAGCGAGUUGGGAACGUCUACUCCAAGGCUAAAUCCUUUGUGGACUACAUUCGUCGAGCUCUACGCAGACUGGAACUGGAUGAAUCGAAGAGCCUUCACAUUGUGCUUUACAUGGCUGGCACUCUUUCUCCUCAGCUCUCUGACAGUGACAUCCAGAGUUAUCACGACACAUAUAGACCGCGAAUGGGCGAGAUGCACGCUUUUAAUUUGUUGAAGGUGACCCUGGCUCCCUGUAUUGAAGGUCUGCUUCUCCUUGAUCGCCUCUGCUACCUGAAAGAACAGGAGGAUUUAUCAUUCUCCACACUGGUGCAACUCUUUGAUCCCCUGCUGUCGCCGAGAUGCUAUGCCGUCGUCGGACUGAAGAGUUAUGGAGACAGAAAUUCACGUUGAUGAACUUAUACAUAUGCGCAUGAUUAUAAUACGCUGCUGAGAGGUCAUGAUUGUACAUGAUUAUAUCAGCAAUCAUUGAGUGAUUGCAUUAUGUAUGUGUCCUCUCUUGCGUGUUAUGAUUUAAUCUAAAUCUUGUUAUUUAUUUACGCAGCGUCUGCAUCACUUUCAGCAACAUCUUGUUUUGUUUUAUAUGCUUUACUGUUUUCGAUGAAAAAUAAAUCUUCUGUACUUGUAGCGUUUAGUCCUUGACUGUGCUCGUCCUCGUGAAAACACAUGCUCUAAACACAUGGAGAAACUGUCAGCCCUGUUUGAAUGUCCUGAUUGAAUUGUAUCCAUCGCAGCCUUUUGUCUUUAUGUUUCAUGACUCCUGAGAAAAACCCUUGUUUUUAAGGGCCGUUCAGGGAGCCGGGGUCAUUGUGGGAUUUAGGGAUGCUUGGAUCCCCCUCUGUUGACAGGUCU